CUUGUUCUGAGGCUGAAUCAGAAGGACACCCUGCAAGCAGUCUUUCAACAGAACCCCUACCCCGGGAUAGCGACCAGAGAACGGCUGUCACGAGAACUGGGCAUUGCAGAAAGCAGAAUUCAGAUAUGGUUCCAGAACCGAAGAGCUCGGCACCCAAAGCAGAGCGCUAGUGGGCCUGUGAAUGCCCUGGCCAAAGGCCCAGAUGCCACAUCAGCCGUGACUGCCCCGUCGGACCAAAGGGCUGCCUUUCGGUGCUGUGUGGGCCAGCCGUCGAUGUUCAUCGUGAAGAGGACUUUCAUCACUCCUUCUCAAACAAGGGUCCUUGUGCAAGCCUUUGAGAGGGAUCGAUUUCCAUCUAUUGCUGCCAGGGAAGAAUUGGCUCAUCAAACAGGAAUACCCGAACCUCGAAUCCAGAUAUGGUUCCAGAACCGAAGAGCUCGGCACCCAAAGCAGAGCGCUAGUGGGCCUGUGAAUGCCCUGGCCGAAGGCCCAGAUGCCACAUCAGCCGUGACUGCCCCUUCUCGGGAAAAACCACCCCGAUCCAACAAGAUGGUCACGCCUCCUUCUGAUCUCAGUUACUUCAGGAUGAGGGACCAAGACAUGCACCUCCACAGGACAUCCUCCUGGGCCACCUGA